CGCCGCCAAGGAGAGCAAGGGGCUGAUUGAGCAAGGACAGGACGUGUGGUGGAGAGCAGUUCCGGCGGGUAGACAUACGUGAAUCGGGUAGUGCGGAUUAGGGGCUGUCAGGGCGUGGAGCUGGAGCGAGUUGAGACGAGAGAACAGCUGGACGUGCGCGCGACAUGGAGUCGAUGCGGCGAAUGGUCGGCGAGCGCGUCAUGGCAGUGUGCGGGGGCGAGGCAGCGGUGGCAGUGGCGGAGGCAGCGGCAGAGGAAGGGCAGAGGAGGGACCAAGUCGGUACAAACGAGGCACUCUUGCCGUGGCAGCGGAUGGCGGCGUCAUGCACCGGAGCGGUGCUGACAUCGCUGAUGAUGACACCGCUCGAUGUGGCCAAGGUGCGGCUGCAGGCACAGUCGCCGACGCCGACGAUCUGCGUGGGCAGCACGCCGGCAUCGUGCUCGGGAUGCUCGCACUACACAUACAAUAAUGGGCUGAUGGAGUUUGUGCGGCCCAAGACGGCGUCGCGGCACGUGUUCUCACCGGUCGGCACGACGCCGUACCUGACGGGCACCAUCGACGCGCUGACCAAGAUUGUGCGCUACGAGGGCAUGAGGUCGCUGUAUAACGGACUGGCACCGACGCUUGUGCUCUCUGUUCCUGCCACGAUGCUGUACUUUUCGCUGUAUGACGAGAUGCGACUGCGGCUGGAGCUCGGCCCGGAGUUUGCCCCGUACGCGCCACUGGUGGCCGGCGGGGUGGCGCGGACGAUUGCCGUGACUUCCAUCGCACCACUGGAGCUCAUUCGGACGCAGAUGCAGGCGUCGUCGAACGGCAAGGGACAGCGUGCAGUGCCCAAGGGCAUCCUGCCGGCGCUGCGGGCCAACGUGGCCGAGGCCGGGAUGCUCUCGCUCUGGCGUGGACUGGCGCCGUCGCUCUACCGCGACGUGCCGUUCUCGGCAGUCUAUUGGUUCGGCUACGAGCGGAUCAGGGCCAAGAUGCUUGUGCUGCUCGCGCCGGGCGAGGAGCUGACGGUGGCGACUGCGCCACCAGCGACACUCUUUACCGCCGCGUUUGCGGCCGGCUCGGUGGCGGGCAUGCUGGCGGCGGCGGUGACGCAUCCGUUCGACGUGGCCAAGACGCGGCGGCAAAUCGAGAUGUACAUGCCAGACUCGGACGCGCGGCGGGCAAGCAAGGUGGCGCAGUCGACGUUUCAGCUGCUGGCAGACAUGGUGGCGAAGGAGUCGGUCGCGUCGCUCUACACCGGCAUCUUGCCGCGUCUGGCUAAGAUCGCCCCAGCGUGUGCCAUCAUGAUCUCGUCGUACGAGCUGGGAAAGCACUUCUUUGCUGUCACCACCGGAUACGACGACGCCAUUGUUGUCGAGUAAAUAUAAGGCGGCAAAA